AUGAUUGCCAACACCAAGACCAUCACCUUCCUUCUCGUCUCCAUUCUCUCCGUCAUCGCAAUGACCAAUGGACAGGCUGUUUCCGUCAAGACACCAAGUCCUAGCACAAUUCCUGUUGCUACUACUAUGGCCCCAAUCAUGGCGCCAAAGGGGUCGAGAUCACCCACCAUUUUUGACCAUUUCGGUAGCGGCAAGGCUGGCAAGGGCAGCAAGCUUUCCAAGAAGACUAGAAGUCCCGAACACAAGGCUUCCAAGUUGGUUUCUUCUACGACUGGCAAGGGCACGUCUGGCAAGGGCAAAGGUGGCAAGGCCGGCAAGGGCAUGACCUACAGUCCCGUUGCUUCGCUUCCUUAA